AUGUCUUCUUACCCAGUGAGUGCUCUUGACCCGGCCCUGCUUGUUGUUCACACCCCAACCCCAUACUCAGUUUUUGCACUUGAACUGGCCCUGCCUAUGGUCCACUCUCCAACCCCGUACCCAGUGAGUAAUCAUGAACUGGCCCUGCCUAUGGUCCACUCUCCAACCCCGUACCCAGUGAGUAAUCAUGAACUGGCCCUGCCUAUGGUCCACUCUCCAACCCCGUACCCAGUGAGUAAUCAUGAACUGGCCCUGCCUAUGAUCCAGUCUCCAACCCCGUACCCAGUGAGUAAUCAUGAACUGGCCCUGCCUAUGGUCCACUCUCCAACCCCGUACCCAGUGAGUAAUCAUGAACUGGCCCUGCCUAUGGUCCACUCUCCAACCCCGUACCCAGUGAGUAAUCAUGACCCUUUCCCUGCCCACUGUUCAGGGACCACACUGCUAUUUCAGGCAAUGGCAGCUGUCUACACCCCAAACCCGUACCCAGCUCUGACAGCUGUCCACACCCCAACCCCAUACACAUUUGUCACUCUUGAACAGGCUCUGACAGCUGUCCACACCCCAACCCCGUACACAGUUGUCACUCUUGAACAGGCUCUGACAGCUGUCAACACCACAACCCCGUACCCAGUUGUCACUCUUGAACAGCCUCUGACAGCUGUCCACACCCCAACCCCAUACUCAAUCAGCUGUGUUGAACUGGCCCUGCCUGCUGUCCACACCCCAACCCUGUACCCAGUGAGCGCACUUGACCCGACCUUGCUUGUUAUUCACACCCCAACCCCGUACUCAGUUUUUGCACUUGAAAUGGCCCUGCCUGCUGUCCACUCUCCAACCCCAUACCCAGUGACUGCCAGUCCCGGUUCUAGAGCGAAAACUGGGUAUGGGGUUGGGACGUUGAAAGCAGGCACCGCCAGUUCAAUGCGUACGGAGUUGCGGUGUGGACAGCAGUUCGAGAGCUCUCACUUGUCCCAGUUUAAGAGUGAAAACUGGUUACAGGGUUCCGGCGUGGACAGCAGGCAGGGCCAGUUCGAGUUCUCUCACUUGGUCUCAGGUUGGGAGUGUGGACACUGCAAGGGCCGGUUCAAGUGCAAAAACUGGGCACAGGGUUGGGGCGUGGACAGCAAGCAGGUUCUGGACGCCUGUAAUUCUGUGUCAGUUGCGUCACAGCAAACCAGCGCCAAAACUGCCAAAGCUGGGAAACAGAUAUUUAAGGUCGUUGGCGUGGACCCGGAUAAUGACCCAGUUUUCUACACCAUGACAACCGACGGGUCGAACAACUUUGAAAUUGGACUCACUGACGGAAUUAUCCGAGCGAAGGUUGACCUAUCGAGCGAGUGUUGGCCUCAGGUGAUCUUCCACGUGUAUAUCACUGACGACCUUCUCAACAUCAAGAGACGAGUUGGACCCGCCGAGAUCACGUGCACUUACACUGACUACUACAAACCAGUGACCAUUAGCAACGUGAACAAGGAAAUAAGUCGGCCGGAAGACGAGGCCUUUCCAAAUCUGCAGUGGUUUCAGUUUUUCCCCAACACUCUCAACACCAUCACGUACGAACUGGCUACCGAGCCGACCGGCGCCCUCUACCUGUUUGAUGUACAGCCACCACAGAAUUUCCUGCGCCUGAUGAACAAGCUGAACUAUGAGGGCAGCUAUCAGAACAUCAACAUCACCAUCAAGCCAAUCGAAACCUUCUGCGCAGCCAUUGAGCACUAUCUGUACCUGCGCGUCACUGAUGCCAACGACCCUCCGAUACUGACUCCAGACACUUGCUUCAAAACUGUUAAUGAAUCAUUCGUUUACGUUGACUGUGCAUUUUCGGUGUUUGAUGAGGACUUCGCCGACAGCUACUCGUUCUCCAUCAUCCAGGGCAACGCGCUGGGUCUGUUCUCCAUUCACCCCACCACCGGCAUCAUCACGGCAUCGGCCACAUACGACGUCGACGGGGCCGUAAACCCUACCACGGCGACACUGUUAGUACAGGUGAAAGACAAGAAAGGUAACGCCGUCGACAAUACGACUGUGACGAUCACCAUCGUUGACGUGAACGACAACGCGCCCAUCAUGCAGGGCUCGUACGCUUUCUCCAUCACCGACUGCGCCACCAGUGUGGGCAGCACCGUGGGUAACAUCCUGGCGACAGACGCUGACUCCGCUUUCAACUACAACAACAUCAUCGAGUACGACUCCUCGACGAACGGGCAGCUGACGAGCCACGCCGACGGCAGCAUCGUUUUGUCGGCAGUCAUCCCAGCGGGCACUCAGUCUGUUAUAUCUGUAGGCUGUACCGACAAGGGGCUGUUCCCAGGAAAUCUGAGAUGCGUCACCUCAACAACAGUGACUGUCACUGGCACGGCCUGCCCCACAACGCCCACAGUACCGACUACCACGACGGUGACAGUGCCCACUGUGGCCACAGUGCCGACCACGACGCCGGUGUACGGUAUCGGUGUCCUGCCCACCGGCCCGCCAUCUGGCGACGUCUUCAGCAGCAAAGACAACGUCGCCUGGAUAGUCGUGGCCGCUCUCGCUGGAGUUAUCGGUCUUGGCAUAUUUGCCUAUAUGAUAUCAAAAUUCUGCAUCCCAUUCUUUCAGAGCGGUGGGUCGAUUUGGAACACGUGCAACAUCCCGGACAGCUGGUGCAGAAACAGCAGCAAGAGAGUGAACAAGAUUCCCGUUACACCCCGCCAAGGUCGAACUGUCGUGACUCCUCGAGAUAUCCAUCCUAAAGCUAACGAAACGAACGCACUACAGCCUUAUAAGGGCGGCCAGAGUGGACAGGGCCCCCAUGCAGGCCAGGGACCCCAUGCAGGCCAAGGAGGAGGCCAAACCAACGACAUCUUCUGGCGUGAGAGGUACCCAAAUGAUUAUUACUACAAUCCACACCCGCCACCGGCAAAGAAUGCGCUGCCUAACCCAGCAGAUGGGAUAUAAAUGGUACCAGUCUAUAUAUAGUCAUCUCUAAGGACAGGCAGAUUGCGUGACGUCAAGCGAGUUCGGAUUUGAAAACUACAACUCAGAAUCAUUAACAUUUCACUGUGUAUUUUAGUUUGAUAUUUUGUGUAUCAAGGACACUCCUUAUCAAUGUUUUGAGCACGCCACAACAAUGUUCCUUUAGCGGGCAAGUUUAUUCAGAUGUUUCUUAUUAUUGUUUGUCGAUCUGGGAUCAGUUUCAUAAAACGCUAUAGGCCAAGUGUUUUGCAGUUAAACGUAAAUCUCCGACUAAAAAAGUAUGUUGUAAGUACAACCAGUACAAAUAAUCCAUUUCGAAAUACAUAGCAAUUGUGUGGUU